AUGUCAACCACAACCGCAAGCACAGCGCCCACGGCGCCCACGGCGCCCACGGCGCCCACGGCUCCAACCGCAACCCCAACCCCCGCCCGCACGCCGCGCGAAACCCUCAUCCACAACCUCUCCCUCGCCUCCCUGGUCGUCUGCCCCGUCAUCCUCGCGCUCCCACCCCGCCGCGCCAACCUCACGGCGGUGCUGCUCGCGGGCGGGUUCCUGGCGGGCAGCAACGAGCUCGCGCGCGAGUACAGCGGCACGUCGAUCAUGGACCGGUUUGGGAACCGGAUGGCAAACAUGACGAGCCGGGAUCUGCCGCCCAAGGCGCUGGAGACGCAGCGGCGGCUGCGCGAGGAGAAGGAGCGGAGGAGGGAGGAGGAGCGGAGGGAGGGGAAGGGGGAGGGGGAGAGGGAGAGGGAGAGGGGGCUGUUGGGGAAGGUGUGGCUUGGGGGUGAGGGGGAGGAUUGGAAGGCGAAGAGGGAUGCGAGGGAGAAGGCGGCGUUGGAGGAGGGGAAGGGAUAUGGGGGAUUGAUUAUGGAUCAGAUCUGGGAGGUUGUCAGCUGGGGGAAGGAUCGGGCGGAGGAGGUCAAGGAGAUGGAUGAGAAGGUUGUGGGUGAGGAGAAGAGGGAGGGAGGGAAGAAGUGA